AUGAGCCCAGUACCCGGAGUUCACAAUGGCUUGCACACUCCAUUGAGGCGGGACGAGCCCGAAAACCCGAACAACCGAUCCUCUGACCCCAAUGGCCUUGUGUUGGAGGCCUGGGCUGAAGGUUUUAUGGUGGGAUCGCUGAUCAUCAUGUCCUGUAUUACGCUGGCGAACAUGCGCCGAGGCGUCCUGCUUCACAAGUUGAUUUUGCUCGAGCUCAUUCUGGGUUACUGGCAAGGGUUCUUCAUACUGUUCAACCCGCCUGUCUAUGCAUGGUGGCUCUCCGUCGCUGCCGCGCCUCUCAAUAUUUCUUGGUCCUUACACAAUGUGAUCGCGUGGAUGAAGUUGAGGCCUUUCCUCAGCAGGACUGUCAGUCGUCUCUUCAUCGGCACCGUCAUCUUGGCCCAGCCAUACUGGGUUGUCGAGAUAUAUGCCAACUUUACCUACUUUCAUAAUAUCAACACCAUUUUCCUGCGAACGAGGCCGUGGGAGGCCCUGUGUCGUGACCCUUGGUGGAUCCUAGCCGCCUGUCUUUUGAUUUACAACAUCAAGACCAAGUACGAUUUGACUGUGACUCAGAUUAUCCGCAUUUCCCCACGAUUUGCCGUCAUGCUCGGAGCCAUGGUCCUGAGCAUUUGCUUCAUUGUUCUGGAUGUCCUCUCCGUUACUUCCGCGUUGAAAUCGGUCCUCCCGGUCGGCAUCAAUCCUUUUUGGAAGCUGAGUUUUGUGUUCAAAUGUCUGACGGAUUCGGUGGUGUUGGAUGACUUCAAAACCGCUUUGGACCGACUGAGAGCGUUCAAGAUCAGCCGGCUCGGCAGCUUCGCCGUAGAUGGGGCCGACCUCCGGAAUAAAAACCACAAAGAGGAUGUCAACGGAGCCAACGGUUGGGGCAGUCCACCGCCGACCGGCGACAGACCCCAGCCGCUGGCCACUCUACCGGCAAUGCCCAGUCCAGAUGGUGACUACCCCCAGCCACGGUGGGAGGAGCUCAAACAGGGACAUUCGCAUCAUGUGGAGGACGAACAGUAUGCCGUCGUUGCCAGGAAUGCGUCCCGCGACCGUGACCCCGAGGAAAACGGGUUCGACACGAUUGAUUACGCCGAUCCUCAGCGCGAGGCCAGUGACGCAUACAUGCUUCAACCUCAGACCAGCUCACAGGGCUGCCGGUUGUCAGCUGACACUACCGACGCAUAUCUUGACUAUGCCAUGGCUGUUAGGCAGAUGACCAAUGAUUCCAUGACACAACAGCGCAGAAGAGAGGAAGCCACACGGUCGGGUCGGUGA